AUGUCGAUAAAUCAGUUAUGGUGGAACUCUAGAAAGCCUUCCGAUGCAACUAAAUCCAACUUUGAGAUUUUUCUUGAUUCAGUCAGUCCCAUGGUUUCUAUCAACCCUGAUUCUAAGAUAAAAGUAGGUGCACUUAAAAGCCUGGAGGAAGGGCAUCAGAGAGAGGGCGUGAGGGGCGAUUGUUUCUUGUUGAGUGAGUUGUGGAAGGCUUACGCCACUUGGAGUGGUUUUGGGGCCGAGUCUCCAUUUAUCCUGGAAAACGGCAACACUGUCAUCCAAUUCUAUCAUCCCACACUCUCAGCUCUCCAAAUUUAUACUACUCAACCCUAUGCUUCCCUCAGUGACAGUGAGGGUUCAACUGCAGGCAGCAGUGACCAGGAGAUGGAAGAGGUUUUUGAAGCCACAGAGGAUGAUGCUCUCACUGCGCAGCUGGAGAAUGGCCAGCAAACAAGGGAUCACCUUGGCCAUCUCUACCUCCACUACAAUGAAGAGUCGGACCCAGACAAGAGGCCUCCAUUCUUCGUUAAGAUCAAUGAACUGGCUGACACAUAUCCAGCUCUAAUGACUCUCAAGAGCACAGAUCUCUGCCCUGACAGUUGGGUGGCCGUUGCUUGGUACGUGUUUGUUUAUUGA